UAUGACUGUUCUAACGGACCUAUCAGCAUUUCGCAAGUGCGACCCGUGAUUCCUUGCGCGUUGGAGUUCAGAUCAAGGUUUUCUGAUCGGUCAUAGUUUGAGGAGGUGAAAAGUGUGGCGGUGCUUUAUUCGAUAUUCUUUAUGAGAUCUUAUAUUUAACGGUUGGCUUCUGAAUUUCUUUCGCAGCCAUGUCAGCCGCAACUACACAUAAAUAUCGUUAUAAAAAUGUGGGUCUGGACUCACAAGAACUGAGAAGACGUAGAGAAGAGGAAGGUGUCCAAUUAAGAAAACAGAAAAGAGAACAACAAUUAUCAAAAAGACGUAAUGUUCCUAAUAUGGUUGCUGAUGAUGAUAAUGUUACAGGAAAUGAAUCUGCUUAUCCUGCACCACAAUCAAAAACCUCCAUUAUUGUACUUGAAAUGGUGCAAGAAUUGUAUAGUCCUAAUCCAGAAGCUCAAUUGGCAGCUACGCAAAAAUUUAGAAAAAUGUUGUCUAGAGAACCAAAUCCUCCAAUAGAUGAAGUUGUAAAAACUGGAAUUGUACCUAAAUUUGUUGAAUUUCUAGAGAAUAAUGCAAAUUGUACAUUGCAGUUUGAAGCUGCUUGGGCUUUAACGAAUAUAGCGAGUGGAACGUCUCAACAAACGCGUGUAGUAGUAGAUGCAGGAGCUGUACCUAUUUUCAUAUCAUUACUUGGUUCUGAAUAUGAAGAUGUUCAAGAACAGGCAGUUUGGGCAUUGGGCAAUAUUGCAGGAGAUAGUCCUGAAUGUAGAGAUCAUGUAUUAGACAGAGGAAUCCUCACUCCUCUGUUGCAAUUACUUUCUAAAGCAACACGUUUAUCAAUGACACGUAAUGCGGUAUGGGCAUUAUCCAAUCUUUGUCGAGGCAAGACUCCACCACCAGAAUUCACAAAAGUUGCACCAUGUUUACCAGUUUUAGCUCAUUUUCUCAAUCAUACUGAUAGUGACGUUCUUGCCGAUGCUUGUUGGGCUCUUUCCUAUUUAAGUGAUGGUCCGAAUGAAAAAAUUCAGGCAGUUAUUGAUGCAGGUGUAUGCAGACGUUUGGUAGAAUUACUUAUGCAUCAGCAAGAAAAUGUUGUCAGUGCUGCGCUUCGAGCAGUGGGCAAUAUAGUUACAGGUGACGAUGUACAAACACAAAUUGUUCUUAAUUGUUCUGCGUUACAUUGUUUGUACCAUCUAUUGAAUUCGUCUCAAGAAAGUAUUCGUAAAGAAGCUUGUUGGACAAUUUCUAAUAUUACGGCAGGAAAUCCUCAGCAAAUUCAAGCUGUCAUUGAUGCCGGUAUAUUUCCCGUCCUAAUUGAUAUUUUAGCAAAAGCAGAAUUUAAGAUCCGAAAAGAAGCGGCAUGGGCGAUUACUAAUGCUACAAGCGGUGGUGCACCGGAACAAAUACGUUAUAUUGUUGUUGAAGGAUGUAUUCCACCAUUGUGCAAUUUGUUAACAGUAAUGGAUCCUAAGAUUGUUCAAGUUGCAUUAAGCGGUUUAGAAAAUAUCUUGCGCGUGGGAGAACAAGAUGCUGCCUCGCAUAAUGGUAUUAAUCAUUAUGCAGUAUUAAUCGAAGAAUGUUUCGGCCUAAACAAAAUAGAAUUUUUGCAAUCUCAUCAAAAUGUAGAAAUAUAUCAGAAGGCCUUCGAUAUAAUUGAACGAUAUUUUGGUUCUGAAGAAGAAGAUACUCGAGUGGUACCUACUAUUGAUGCACAAGGACAACAGUUCCAAUUCAGAGCACCUGAUUCAUCUCAAUUACCUGUCCAGGGCUUUGAAUUUUAAUCGAUUAGUUUUAAUCGAAUCUCCAAAUGUAUUAUCUGGUUCAAUCUUGUUUUGUUCCUUGUGUUUACAUCUAUUUUUCGUAAAAGGAACUUAUCCAAAAUGAAAGAAAAAUAUCAGUCAGAUGCAAAACAGUGGUAUAUUUAUACAUAUACUUUGAAUUCGUUUGUAUUGAUCAGAAUAUCAGCAAAAAAAAUCUUGAAGUGAUCAGUUUUUUGCUCGACGAUAAAGAUGAGUAAAAUGUUUAUACGCAGUUA